AUGACAAAGGGAAGACAAUUUGUCCCGUCCUGUGCCAACGAUGGGACAUGGUUUGCUCACAAGAGCCAGGGUGGAACACAAGAGGGAAAUAAUUGUAACAAGACAAGCAAGUCAACGAUGUUGCAAGCCCAGGUCUCUGCGAGGUCACAUCCUAACAAUCUGCCACGUCUCUUCAUUCGCAGAGAGAAGACAUCCUACCGGACCUCCAACCCGUUCUCAGUCCACGACAAAAGACACGUCAUCGAAAGCCAGGCUGAGUAUCUAGGCAACGGAUCUCACAUGCGACACUUUGGUAGACGUCUUCAUCCUAUUGAUUGUCGUCUGCAUCACACAGACGCCACAUUCCUCCACCACAAUAAUUCAGACUCUCCACAUCGUUACAGCCCUACAACAGCUACAACAUACACAGACCCCUGUCUCCUUGAACCCGUAACAACCAGAAGGUUCCCCAAGAUUUACAAAACCACGGAGACAUCUCAGCCACCGACCAGAAGAGCAAGUGGACAUGAAAUCCCUUACAGGACCCCUCUGCACGUGCUUGCCGUCACCCAGCAACCAUUGGCUACUCAUAGCGACUGGAAAUAUAGUUUCCAUGGCGACACCAGCGUCUACCCACCUUAUCAUACGAAAAAAUACCAUUCCUCGUAA